AUGGGUUCAGCAGUUAGUCCCGACUACGAGUUACCAGCACCGCAAGUGAUGCCAAUCACAUCCGAGCUCACCGUACAAAAUGUGCAGUUGCAGCCCACCGUUCUUAAUCCAAUCAGUACCGUAUGCAACAAUAUAGCUUCAGCCAAUACUCGAGUGUCUGUUCCUCGCAAUAUGGGUAUGCAGCUUUCCAACACAACCAACGCUAGUGGUUUACAAAGUGAAGCCAUUGGAGGAUUAGACAACUACCCGUUCCGGCAGAAUCCCCAGGUGGAUUUUUCUAUCUCUGCAACGCAGCAUCCCGAUGAUCUGAUGCAGCAACUGUUUGAGCUGCGAAAACGAAUGGAUGGUCUACAGCUGCAGCUGGCGAAAGAGCCACCUCAGAACACACUACCAGUCACAGCACCCAAUCUGUCGGCAUCGCAGAUUGUUAGCAACAGAAUUCCUGAGUAUGAGUUUCCAAAGUACAAGGGUAAUGAACUUGUUAGCAGUUCGGGAAACGCAUUGGAAGCGGUCCGGAGUUAUCUGAUGCUUCCGUCGUCAGUACCUUCGAUCAUCGAUACACUGAGAACAUUGUAUGGGCGUCCAGAUUUGAUCAUCAGUUCGUUGUUAGCUAAGAUACGAGCAACCCCAACGCCUAAACCCGAGAAAUUGGACACGUUGAUAAGCUUUGGGCUGGCCUGCAAGAAUCUUUGCGGACAUCUUCGAGCAGCUGGGCUUAACGAUCACCUGUCGAACCCCAUGCUUUUACAGGAACUGGUGAACAAAUUGCCUGCGAACAUAAAAUUAAAUUGGUCCCUCUUCAAGCGACAACAACGAGUCGUAGAUCUCACUACGUUCGGUAGCUAUAUGGACGACAUAGUAACGGCAGUCAGUGACGUCACCUUCACUUACGAAGCCGAUGAGCAUCGCGUGAGCAGGCACGAGAAACCCAAACCCAAAGAAAAGUUGUACGUGAACGCACACGCUACAGACAUUUCGAAGGAUAAGCCGAAUAUCAGCAUAGUCAACCACAAAGGAGUUACACCGAAGCCGUGUCCAGUCUGCCAAAAGGAAGGGCAUAAGGCUAAGGACUGCUACACUUUCCGAAAUAUGACCUUGAACGACCGAUGGAAACUCGCCCAAGAGCAACAUUUAUGCCGCCGUUGUCUGGUAUCUCAUGGAAAAUUUCCGUGUAAAGCGUCCACUUGCGGUGAGAUUGGAUGUGAGGAACGUCACCAUAAACUUCUUCAUCCUGGAAAGCCACUGGUGUCACAGAUCGUUGAAGUUCCGAAGACAACUAGUAUGGUUACUGUGCAUCGCAAACUCCAACCAACUAUCCUUUUCCGGAUACUGCCUGUAACACUGCAUGGGAAUGGCAAAGUCAUUGAUACAUAUGCGUUCCUAGAUGACGGUUCAUCCACCACACUGGUGGAAUCCCACAUCGCAAAGAAAUUGGGAGUGAGAGGCGACGUAAAUCCACUCUGUCUUCAGUGGACAAAUGACAUCGAACGUACAGAAAACGAGUCACAACUGAUUAAUCUGGAAAUCUCUGGUGAUGGGCAUACUAAACGGCAUCCAUUAAGAAGGAUCCACACAGUUGAAAAAAUGAAUCUACCAGUUCAGUCAUUGAAUUAUUCGGAAAUCAGUCAACAAUUUUCUCAUCUUCGUGGGUUACCAGUCCGUAACUAUAAAAGUGCAGUUCCCACCAUUUUAAUUGGUUUAGACAACUCAUAUUUAAAAACAUCUCGGAAACGUCGUGAAGGUUCCAGAAAUGAACCGAUUGCUUCCAAAACUCGGUUAGGUUGGACGGUUUAUGGAGCCAUCAACGCUGGUCCUGAUUCUAAGGUCCAGUUACAGUUUCACAUCUGUGCUCGUUCGCCCGAUAAGGAGCUCCAUGAUCUCGUGAAGGACUUUUUCGCUUUGGAAAGCGUUGGUUCAAUUUCACCGAUCGUAGAAAGCGACGAUGACAUUCGUGCACGUGCAAUACUUGUGCGCACUACGGUUCGAACACCUACGGGGAGAUUUCAGACGGGCUUGCUGUGGAAACACGACUAUAUUCAGUUUCCAAACAGCAGACCAAUGGCGGAAAGAAGACUCCAGUGCCUUGAACGUCGCUUGGCGUCCAAACCAGAGCUUUACGACAAAUUGCGAGAGCAGAUGAAGGAGUAUCAAUCCAAAGAAUAUGCCUACAAACUCAGCCAGGUGGGACUAGCCGCAUUAGACGCGAAUAGGACUUGGUUCUUACCGUUGAACGUCGUAAUCAAUCCAAGAAAGCCAAACAAAUUACGUUUAGUGUGGGAUGCUGCAGCCAAGGUCCAGGGUCAGUCAUUGAACUCCAAUCUACUAGCUGGUCCUGAUCUCCUUACUCCGCUUCCCGCUGUACUUUGUCCAUUCCGACAGUUCCAAGUCGCCAUCACAGCGGAUAUUUCGGAAAUGUUCCACCAAAUAUUGAUACAACCGGAAGAUCGAUCGGCGCAGCUGUUUCUUUGGAGAGAUCAUCCGUCGAAACAAUUUGAGGUUUUCGCAAUGAAAGUGGCGACGUUUGGAUCUACGUGCUCCCCAUCCGCAGCACAAUUCAUAAAAAAUCGAAACGCUCAAGAAUUUUCUAAGCAGUUUCCACAAGCGGCUGAAGCGAUCUUAAAACAUCACUAUGUGGAUGAUUUUUUGUACGGUGUAGACACGAUGAAGGAGGCGGUACAAAUUGCGCAACAAGUGAAGGAAAUCCACUCAAAAGCUGGCUUCCAUAUCCGUAACUGGCUCUCGAACUCCAGCGACUUUCUAACACGGGUCGGGGAAAGGAACGUGGAAACGUCGAAGUACUUCGCAGCGACCAAGUCAACUACUAGUGAACGAGUUCUCGGCAUGAUUUGGAAACCAGAUCCAGAUAUUUUCGUGUUCCAAGGGUUGUUUCGCGAAGAAAUGCUACCGCUGAUCCAGGGUAAAUACAUUCCAACCAAGAAACAGACCCUUCGGAUCGUGAUGAGCAUAUUUGAUCCCUUAGGAUUGGUAGCUGUUUUUGUGGUCCACGGAAAAAUGCUCAUUCAGAACAUCUGGCGUUCGAAAAUCGGAUGGGACGAGCGUAUACCCGAUGAGCUAGUUAGUCAAUGGGAGCGCUGGUUGACCCUGUUGCAGCAACUUGAGCAAAUACAAAUACCCCGAAGUUACUUUCCUGGCAGUUCAAGUGAGAUCUAUCGUUCACUUGAGCUGCAUAUUUUCGUGGAUGCCAGUGAGGAGGCCUUUGCCGCUGUCGCAUAUUUCCGGAUCAUCGAACAACAAACAGUUCGCUGCGUUCUUGUAUCAGCGAAGACAAAGGUUGCUCCACUAAAGCCCAUAUCGAUUCCUAGAUUGGAAUUAAUGGCGGCCGUUCUUGGGGUGAAACUUGCCAAAUCGGUCGAAGAAUACCACACCCUAGCUAUUACACGCAGAGUAUUUUGGAGCGACUCCAGCACCGCACUUUCGUGGAUACGUUCAGACCAGAGAAAAUAUCGACAGUUUGUUGCUUUCCGGGUGACUGAGAUUCUUGAGAAUUCUCAGGUAGACGAGUGGCGAUGGAUUCCUUCUCGUUGGAACGUAGCGGACGAAGCAACGAAGUGGGGCAAGGGACCUUCUAUCAACAACAGUAGUCGCUGGUUCCAAGCACCAGCUUUUCUCUAUCAGCAUCCUGAUCUAUGGCCUCAUCAAGAUCUACGUGUUACAGAGACACCAGAAGAGCUUCGCUCCAUCCACAUUCACCAUCAAAUUGCAAUAGUUGAGCAGCUGAUCGUGUUCGGAAGGUUCUCAAUAUGGGAACGCUUGGUGCGAGCUGUAGCGUAUGUUCUCAGACAUCUUUGGAAGCUGCGCCGCAGAGUCAAAAAGCAAACUGCAGGAACGACGAAUUGGUUGAAUCAGGACGAGUUACGAAAGGCAGAGUCAGAGAUUUUUAAGCAAAUCCAGCAAGAGGCUUACGGAGAUGAAAUCAUCACACUCAUUAGAAAUAAACAGCUACCGAUGGAACAGCAACUAGGUUUGGAGAAAACGAGCAAGCUUCGCAAGUUAUCACCUUUCCUGGAUAAGCACAGUGUCAUUCGUAUGGACAGUAGAGCUUCGAUUUCCGAGUACUUGUCAACAGACUUCAAGUUUCCUGUAAUCCUUCCGAAAGGCCACUAUGGAACUCAGUUGCUGAUAAAUUGGUACCAUCGUCAACUCAAACAUCGGAUCGCAGAGACAGCAGUGAACGAGAUGCGUCAGAGAUUCCACGUAUCAGAAAUGAGAGCGGCGUUUCGGCAGGUCAGAAAACUUUGCCAAUGGUGUAAGAUCUACAAAGCGGUCCCUGCAGUACCUAGGAUGGCUCCCUUGCCCCAGAGAGGACCACAUCCUACAUUCGUCCAUUUUCUUUCGUUGGCGUGA